CUGCUGUCAGAGCUUCUGUGAGUGUGUGGAGGAAGGUUGUGUGGUCAAGCAAGUCUGAAUUGUGCAGUGUGUUAGCACAAGUUUCAGAAACUUUUAGAUUCAUUCAUGCAAUGAGCAUAUAAUCAGAUAAGGAUUCUCUCUCUCUUCCUUGAUUAUGGACUACAGUAGCUAAGGACUUUUGAACAGAAGUUUACUAAUGGAUGAGGCCUCACCUGUUUCGAUUUGAGUUGGAGGUCAACAGUGAACUGUGAGGAGUGGAAGAAGAGAUCAUGGACACUCGGUUGUGAGAGACAAGUCAGGACAGGUCAGGAUACCAGUUAUCAUGUCCAUCCAGGAGUGCCCAGAGAGUCCAAUGCUCGAGGAUGAGGAGGGUGAGGAAGGCAUAGGGGUGGAGAGGGAGUCAGACAGAGACAGUGCAAUAGACAGUGCUCUGUCGUCAGAGAUCUCAGAUGGAGGCAGAACUGCAGAAAAAGAGGAUGGGAUUGGACUUUGCCUCACAGGAGAAAAGUGUGGUCAGAUGUAUAAUCGCUCCGAGACAUCUGAUCAUUCUACGCGUUCAUCUGCCUCAUUAAAUGAGGGGCAGUUUGAGGACUAUGGAGAAGGAGAGGAUGGAGACUACAUUCCAAGCAGCCCCUUUCCAGAUGAUGAGAUCUGCAUUAAUGGAUGUUCAGAUCUGGGCUCUUCUGUUUCCUCCAGUGCUGGUCAGACUCCUCGGAAGAUGCGCCAUGCUGGUAACCAGAUGGAUGUGUUUUGCUCUCAGUGUUAUAAGAGGGUCAGUCUGCUCAAAGACCUGGAGAACAGGCUGAAAAAUCUCAAAACCAACAGCCCAAACAGAAAGAUCUCCAGCACUGCAUUUGGAAGGCAGCUGCUCCACAACAGUAACCUCAGCAGUAGUAACGGCAGCACAGAGGAUUUGUUCCAUGACAGCAUUGACUCCAGUGAAACAGAUAUUACUGAGAAGGUGAGUUACUUGGACAAGAAAGUGACAGAGCUGGAAAAUGAGAUUCUGAUGAAUGGGAAUGUCAAGUCGAAGCUGAAACAGGAAAACAUACAGUUGGUUCACAGGAUUAACGAGUUGGAGGAGCAGCUAAAAGACCAGGAGGUCAAAGCGGAGAACAUGAUGGACGAGGAGCUCAGGAGACACAGAGAGGCCUACAGCCGACUGGAGAAAGACAAAAACACACAGAUAGAGCUGCUCACAAAUCGAGUAUACAAGCUAGAGGAAGAAAAUGGAGAGAUGGCAAUAAACAUGAACAGACUUAAAGCCCAGUCAGAGAAACUGGAUGAGGAGAGACAGCGGUUGACGGAUAAGCUGGAGGAUACAAGCCUACGGUUGAAGGAUGAGAUGGAUCUGUACAAGAAGAUGAUGGACAAGCUACGACAGAACAGAAAUGAGUUUCAGAGGGAAAGGGAUACCAUGCAGGAGCUAAUAGAAGGCCUUCGGCGAGAACUGGAGCACCUCCAAAUAUACAAGCUGGAGGCAGAAAGAAUGGGGCAUGGCCGCAGAUCUUCCAUUAGCCUAUCAGAAUACAGCACACGAACACGUGAGAAUGAGCUGGAACAGGAGGUCAAGAGACUAAAACAGGAGAACCAGAAACUGAGGGAACAGAAUGAAGAUCUAAAUGGUCAGCUUCUCAGUCUGAGCCUCCAUGAGGCCAAAAACCUGUUUGCCACACAGACAAAAGCGCAGUCUCUGGCCAUGGAGAUUGAUCAUGUCUCCCGUGAUCAGUUGAUGGAAGCCCUCAAAGAACAAGAGGAGAUAAACUUCAGACUCAGGCAAUACAUGGACAAGAUAAUUUUAUCUAUUCUGGACCACAACCCUUCUAUUCUGGAAAUCAAAAACUAAGCUGUUUAAAAACUUAACUGUGGAUCUAGAGCUCCCCCUGAGGUAGCACUGAACCUCAAAUGACUUGUACCGCUGAAUGCACAAUAACUACAAUGUGCUGGUGUUCUGUGCACCUUUCUCAUGCUACAGAAAUCUUAAAUAUACUGGUUAAUAUUUCAUGCACUUUUUAAGGGCAUUUUUGCUGCUCUGUACAACAAAAAUGAGUUUUAACUGGAAUGUAAUUACUGAAUUUCACCAACUAAUAUGCGUAUACUGUAUAUGAUACUGGAUGAUACUGUAUGUUUU